UGAAAGAUCGAAUUUCUUUCCUCUUUGUUGUUCUGUGUAUGUAGAUGGAACAAGAGGUGGUGAGAAUGAAGGAGAAUAUUGAGAAUGAGCCAGUGAGAUUGAGAUGUUCGGUUCAGAACUAUGAUUGGGGCAGAAUUGGAGAAGAUUCGAAGGUUGCCAGGCUUUUUUCUCUGAAUUCUGGGUUGGAAAUCGAACCCAGUAGGACUUAUGCAGAGUUUUGGAUGGGAACCCAUGAGUCAGGGUCUUCGUUUGUGGUGGAAAAUGACCAAAUUUGUGAUGGGUCUUCUGGGUUUGACUCAGUGAGUCUGAAGACUCUGAAGUCGUGGAUUUCGGAAAACCCUAGUGUUCUUGGUGAUAAGGUUGUGGAGAAGUGGGGAACUGAUCUUCCUUUCUUGUUCAAGGUGCUUUCUGUUGCAAAAACAUUAUCUAUACAAGCACAUCCAGACAAGGAAUUGGCAAGGGCUUUGCAUAAAUCGAAACCAAAACUCUACAGAGAUGAAAACCACAAGCCUGAGAUGACUUUGGCUCUUACAGAAUUUGAGGCUUUAUGUGGAUUUGUCAGCGUUGAGGAGCUGAAAGAUUUGCUUCAUGAUGUUCCUGAGAUUAUAGAUCUGGUUGGUAAUACUGAAGCCAACGAAGUUCUACUUAUUAGUGAGCAAUAUGGAGAGAAGAGAGUAAAAGCCAUUCUGCAGUCAAUCUUUACCCAGUUGAUGACAGCAAGUGAGAAUGCAAUCUCAGAAGCAGUAUCCAAGAUGAAACGGCGUCUGAACUUGGAAACUAAGGUGAGAUGUUUGACGGAGAAGGAACAGCUGGUAUUAAGACUAGAGAAGCAAUAUCCCGCUGACGUCGGUAUUAUGUCUGCUUUCUUUCUCAACUACGUGAAGCUUAACCCUGGUGAAGCCCUGUAUCUAGGGGCCAACGAACCCCAUGCAUAUAUAUCUGGUGAAUGUAUUGAAUGCAUGGCAACCUCUGAUAAUGUUGUGCGUGCUGGCCUCACCCCAAAAUUCCGAGAUGUCCAAACUCUGUGUUCCAUGCUUACAUACAAGCAGGGCUUUCCUGAAAUUCUCCAUGGGGUACUCUUGAAUCCAUAUACAAAAAGGUACAUCCCACCCUUUGAUGAGUUCGAAGUUGAUCAUUGCAUUCUUCCCCAAGGAACAUUGGCAAUACUUCCUGUAGUCGGAGGACCAUCCCUUUUCCUUGUUACAGCAGGGGAAGGGACAAUGCAAACUAGUUCAGGCUUAUCUGGAGAAAUGAUUUCAGAAGGUUCUGUUCUUUUUGUGCCUUCCCACACCGAGAUUACAGUAACCGCCAGAGAAGGAAUGGAACUGUUUAGGGCUGGGGUGAAUAGCAAGUUUCUUUCAGAUAAUGCAGUACCAUUUGCCACUUUAUAAAUUGUGGCCAGCUUUACAUGCUAUGUAUGGUUAUACUUUCCUUUUACUUC